GAUUAUUAGAACUCCUUUUUGUUCCCAUCAUUUUCACUCAUAUGUUUUAUCUUGUUUCCACAGCUUUUCAUAUCGUAAUCAAACAUGGCGAUUUGGUCUAAGAUGAAGCGUCUUCUCAAGUUUUCAGGCAUACGUGGAAAACAAAGUAAAAGUAAGCUGGCUGGCAAGCUAAACGUGAACGAAGAGUACAAGGAAGCUUUCAGAACACAAUCUUAUGCUGACAUUUGCAGUAAGAUUCAGGGCCACAUGGAAAGAAAAAGCUUAGACAACAAGCUCUCUGCCUCUUCAUCUUCAUCACCUUCAUCUUCCUCUUCAUCUUCUUCUUCUUCCAUUCCUCUGUUUGUUCAUCUCUCCGAAAAUUUAUUAGAACCUCGACCGCAAAAGCUAGAUGACAUAAUCAAAGGCCGUGAUCUGCACCCUCUCGUGAUCGAUUACUUCAACGUGACCACCGAGUCAUGCCAUUUGUGUGAGUUGCUUCUCCGAAGCAUCCAUCAGGCACGGGCUAAUCAUGACAUCAUCACCAGAGUAAUCAAGCUCAACAAGAGGGCGCGAGAAGAUCAUGAUCGUUACUGUAAAGCAAUUAUUCGAGAGCUCGCUUCAUUUGCAUUGAAGAAGAAUCCUCUGUCAAGCCUCAGUGUGCUUCAAUUCCGCGACAAUCAUGAUAGCAGGAAUAUAUUGCUUCAGAGAAUGAUGUCACAAUGUCAGAAAAUCACGACGAGGAUAAAAAUAAGGAAGUUGUUUAAGAAAAUUGUGGGAUGUUCAAUUGUAGUCGUUUACACGACCGCCACAAUUGCUCUGUUCGUGGUUGCAUUUCAUGCCACGGUCGGAAUUGUAGCAACACCAGCCUUGCUUAAAUUUUGCCUAGGGUUUAGUACAAUGAACAAGAGAAUAAAAGCAAGGAGCAAGGAGAAAACGAAGUUUUCGUUUAGGAGAUAUUCACGGGAGAGGAUUCGGGCACAGCUUGAUGUGGCGGCGAGAGGGGUGUUUAUACUGAUUAAUGAUUUCAACACAAUGAGUCAGCUGGUGAGGAGGCUGAAUGAUGAGAUUGAACACAGGAAAGCAAUUGCUAAUAUGUGUGUUAGAAAUGGGAAGAUUGAGGUGUUGAAGGAGGUUGUGAGGGAGUUUCGAAUCGAAGAAAAAUGCUUUUUGGAGCAGCUGGAAGAGCUUGAAGAUCAUAUCUAUCUCUGCUUUCUCACCAUUAAUAGAUCAAGACGCCUGGUGGUAGAAGAGCUGAUGCGUGGUGCUACUACCGAUUCGUAGACGAUCUAAUCAUACACCAUUAAUAUUUCUUCCAAGUCUUGAUAAAACACAGGAGCAUAUUUGCUUUAGGAUCGAGUAAUUGUUUUGCUAGUCCACAACUCUAAUCUGAUAUUAGAAUUUAGAUCAGUGUUCUAAUAUUCUUUGGCCUGUAAUUUGUAUCAUUACAAAAAUAGUAUUAUAGGAUUUUUGUAAUCUCCUUCAAGUUUGCUAGUGUUUAUUAUGAUUGUAUUACUAUGCUUGCUGUCUCAACAUGUCUUCGAAA